AUGAAUCACCUGAAAUCAAACAACGAUGCGGCAGAGGUGAUUGAAGAAAUGCUUAAUCGGUGCAACAAGUACGAAGAGAGGGUCGUCGCUCUGCGAGGCAUCGUUGAUCAAAAAUCAAAACAACUUGAUUUAAGCAUACAAAAAUUUCGUAAAUUAGAUGGACGAGCCAAAGAACUGGAUAAAAAUAUUUCACUCUCUCAUUAUGUGUCGACGAAAGAAAUGGAAAAGACCAUCAAAAAUGCAAAUCAGACUACAGAGCUCACCUCCGAGAAUUUGUCAUCAAUUCGAGCACGAAUUCAUAACAAAAACGAAGUGAUGAAACAACAUCAACAACUAUUGAAAUGGAAAGGAAUACUGCAAAGGUUAUUAAAUACAGGACGGUUCUUGGAGGUUGGAGUUGUCGGUAAAUAUGGUACCCGAUAUGGUGCUUCGUUAAGAAAACAAAUCAAAAAGAUGGAAAUUACCCAACAUUCCAAGUAUACUUGUGCCUUUUGUGGCAAGGAUACUGUUAAGAGAAAGGCCGUAGGUAUUUGGGAAUGCCGAGCGUGCAGAAAGGUCUUAGCCGGCGGUGCAUGGACAGUCUCAACCACCACUGCUACCACCGUUCGUUCAACAGUUCGUCGUCUACGUGAAAUAAUGGAAUCUUAA